AUGGAAACUCGAAUCUAUGAACAGAAUUAUUAUAUAUUCAUUCCAUUAUCCAUGAUAGCAUCCCGAGGUCUACUCAUAUUGAGGAGAUCGGGACUAAAAUACCUAAGUACCAGCAGUAUCCGGUUCCAGUUAUCUCCGCUGCAAAGAUAUGACGAGCUAGUUGGUAACGGGAAACUCCGAGAUGAUGAGUUUCAACGAGGCAUAAUAUCCAACCUUGAAGGAUUGCACAGUCAACUGAACCAAUACCAUCCACCAAAAGUCGAAGCUCCGGAUGUUGAAAGCCUUAAACCGGCCCAAGGAUUCUCUAGGAUCUUUUCAAUCUUUGGCAAAAGUUCUAAAAACUCCAAAAAAAAAUCUCCGGAUCACAUUACUCCUAACGGAGUUUACCUUUAUGGAGAUGUAGGAUGUGGUAAAACCAUGUUGAUGGACCUCUUCUACGAUACAAUACCCGGCCAUUUGACGAAGAAAAGACUUCACUUCCAUCAGUUUAUGCAAUCACUGCAUAAGAGGUCCCACCAAUUGAAAAAACAGCAUGGAGGUCAUGAUAUUGACGUGAUCCCAUUAUUGGCAUGGGAAUUAGCUCAACAGUCGACAGUUUUAUGUUUUGACGAAUUUCAAGUCACAGAUGUUGCCGAUGCGAUGCUUUUAAGGCGACUGCUAAUGUUAGUUCUUCGAAAUGACCAUGGCCUUAUCUUGUUUGCAACUUCCAACAGAGCUCCAGAUGACUUGUACAUAAACGGAGUCCAACGAGAAAGUUUCAUUCCAUGCAUUCAACUAAUCAAAGAAAGAACAAGUGUGAUUUACUUGAACUCUCCCACUGACUACAGAAAAAUUCCCAAACCUAUCUCUUCCAAUUACUAUUAUCCCAAACCAGGAGUGAACUUUCAAAGUGCAGCUUCCAGGGAACAACAGAAGAAACAUACUGAACAGUGGUAUUCUUUUUUCUCUCAAGGACAUGAAAUUGAGAAAAAUGUUGAAUUGUCCAUCUGGGGAAGAAAUCUGGUUGUGCCUCUUUGCACACCACCAUACGUCGCAAGAUUUACAUUCAAUGAACUUUGUGGUAAACCUCUAGCAGCUGGUGAUUACUUGACCCUUGCAGAGACGUUUUCUGCUUUCAUCAUAACUGAUAUCCCAUAUUUAUCAAUCAAUGUCCGAGAUGACGUCAGACGGUUCAUCACAUUUUUGGACGCUGUUUACGACGCACAUGGAUGUAUCGCAGUCACUGCAGCUGCUAAUUUCCAGGACCUUUUCGUUGAACCUGAAGACUUAUCGGAGGGGAAUUUUAAUUUGAGAGAUAAAAAGCCAGAAGAACUGGAAAAUGAUUCUACUUUUGAAAAUGAUGAGUUGGUAAGUAAGCAUGGUUUCGAUAAGAAAAUCGCUAAAAAGGCCUCUAUGUUUGCCGUGGAUGAAGAAAGGUUCGCCUUUGCAAGAGCAUUGAGUAGAUUGUCCCAAAUGAGUACUCAAGACUGGAUUGACAACUCCAGAGUGCAUGAAAAGAAGUAG